AUGUCCAAAGCCUCUCCGAAUAUCGAAACCAUUCCCGAAGAUGAAGAAACGGCAUCCCCAUUCGUGGCGCCUAGUCCCUCCGUCGAAUCUUCUGUUGCAUCCGAGUACAAGCGUAAAGGGUCAAUUGUGUUGAAGCAAUAUCCAACAACAGCAUUCAGAGAAGUUUGCUCAUUUGGAUUUACAGGCGAAACAUAUUAUGAUUAUGAUAAGGGACUCGAUCCAGAUCAUCCCAUUGUUAUCAUUCAUUUUAAUGAUGUUUAUAAUAUUGAAUCACAAUCUGAUGGAAACGGUGGAAUUUCUCGCUUCAUAACAGCCCUGCGACAAUUUGCUGACUCAAAUCCUCUUAUUCUUUUUUCUGGCGAUGCUUUCAAUCCCUCUUUCGUGUCGACGUACACAAAAGGAAGACACAUGGUCCCUUUUCUGAAUAUGCUUAAAAUUCAUACUGCUUGUGUUGGAAAUCAUGAUCUCGAUUUCGGCGUUGAUCAUCUUGAGUAUCUCAUGGGAUCAACACGAUUCCCUUGGUUAUUGUCAAACAUUUUUGAUGCUUAUAACUCUGAUCGCCCAUUGGCUGGUGCAAAUUUAUAUCGAUUAUUCGAAUGGCAGGGACAUCGCAUCGGAAUGAUUGGACUCGUAGAAGAGGAAUGGACAAAAACAUUGUCUCAAGUCAAUGAGGAGGAUAUUAUCUACGAAGAUUACGUUGUCGCAGCAAACAAAUUAUCAAAAUUACUUCGAUCCAAGGAAUGUGAAUUAAUUAUUGCAUUAACUCAUAUGAGAGCACCAAACGAUGAAAGACUUGCGCGCGAGGCUGAAGAUAUUGAUCUAAUCCUUGGAGGGCACGAUCAUGAAUAUUUUGGAGGAACGCAAAUUGGAAACAGUAUUGUUUGUAAAAGUGGAACAGAUUUCCGGGAGUUUUCUGCGCUGACGAUCUAUCCUGGAGUUAAAACGUCGAGCCGCCUUCGCAGCGACAGUGCGACGUCACAACAUCUCGUUUCAGGCGAUCGAUCUGGUGGUGCGUACUUGAUGCCACGAUUUUGCGGGGGGUCCAUUGUUGAAUGGGAAUGCAUUACGGUGAAUCAAUCGACAUUUGCUGCGAAUCGUCAUGUUGAUAAACUUGUGGAUAAGUAUAUCGCUGAGCUGGGUCGCCAUAUGGGAAAGCCAUUGGGGGAGAAUCGCGUUCCCUUAGAAACUCGGUUUCCAAUUAUUCGCACACAAGAAACAAACUGUGGCAACUGGUUGGCUGAUUUGAUGAAAGUUAACACAAGGGCUGAUGUUGCCUGUCUUAACUCUGGGACUGUUCGAUCCGAUUGCAUCUUUCAGCCGGGAACAUUAUGCAUACGAGAUCUUGUUGCGAUGCUUCCGAUGCCAGACGAACUUGUCGUUCUUGAAGCGCCAGGAUCUGUUUUGAAGCAGAUGAUGGAAGUCUCUGUGUCCCAAUUUCCGAAAACGGAGGGACGCUUCCUUCAGAUUUCCGGUUUCCGAUUUCAAUUUGAUCCUCGUCAGCCUGUCGGUAGUCGCGUCACUUCCAUUGAUCGCGAAGUUGUUGAUCCAACUACGGGAAGAUUCGUUUUCCGUUCACUCGAUGAAACGGAGAUUGUUCGAAUUUGUACGAAAGCGUAUCUUGCGGAUGGUAAGGAUGGAUAUGACUGUCUGAAGGGCUUGAAGGUUGUGAUGGAUUCUGAAUCGACUCCUAAUCUUCCCACGAUGGUCCAAAAUAGUUUCUCUCUUGCUGCAAUGGCGAGCGGUUUAAGAAAACCUCGCAACACAUCAACACUUCGUCGCGUUGAUACGUUCAAAGCAAUGAGCGAAGAUCAACAGCAACAUUGCUGCGGAAUGACGAUGGGGGUGAGUGUUGGACUUCAGAUCAUGUAUGAAGAAUCUCAUUUUCAUGACUGGCUAACUGCUCAUUGA